AUGGCGCAGAUGGUUGCGAUGCCCGUCGCGCACUCGCUCUCACUCAUUUGCAGUUGGAAAAAAUCCAACCCUCUCUCUCGCAACACUCUUACACUGCCAGCUUCAAACACUCCCAAUAAGCAGAGUCUAAGCAUCCGAUGUGCUCGUGUUGGAGGUGUGGAGAUUCCGAGUAAUAAGAGAAUUGAAUACUCUCUUCAGUACAUUCAUGGGAUUGGCCGAACAAGGGCUCGCCAGAUUCUUGUUGAUCUCCAGAUGGAGAACAAAAUCACCAAAGACAUGGCCGAGGAAGAACUCAUCAUCCUUCGUGAUGAAGUCUCCAAGUACAUGAUCGAGGGUGAUUUGAGGAGAUUCAAUGCUCUUGCGAUCAAGAGAUUGAAGGAGAUCCAGUGUUACCGUGGAGUAAGGCACAUCCAAGGGCUGCCAUGUCGGGGACAGAGAACCAAGAACAAUUGCAGGACUCUCAAAGGCAAGAAAAUUGCCAUUGCAGGGAAGAAGAAAGUUUCCAAGUAA